UUCCGCCGUCAACGCAAACUGACAAAAGUGCAUAAUUUUUCCAAGUCAUGUUUCUUGUUCUCUUCUAGAACCUGGGCAAACAUUCUACUGCCGGCCCUUGAAGAGAAUAUACAGUGUUUGAAGGUUUUUUUGCGUCGAUAUUCUAUUUCUGGAAGCAGGUCCGUAAAGAUAAACCUUUAGUCGGGGAAUUCGUCGAUUCAAUGUUAGUAAAGUCAGUGAUUGCCGUGAUUUGCCUGGUCGCGCUGGCCCAGGCGGAUCUGGUUAGAGUUCAGCUGCAUAAAACCGAAAGUGCUCGUCAGCAUUUCAGAAAUGUGGACACUGAAAUUAAGCAGCUCCGGUUGAAGUACGGUUCGCUCACCGGACCCGUUCCUGAGCCACUGUCGAACUAUUUGGAUGCUCAAUACUUUGGUGCUAUUUCAAUCGGUACACCACCACAAAGCUUCAAAGUUGUUUUUGAUACCGGCUCAUCUAACCUUUGGGUGCCCUCGAAAGAAUGCUCGUUUACCAAUAUCGCCUGUUUGAUGCACAACAAGUACAACGCAAAGAAGUCUUCAACAUUCGAGAAGAACGGUACCGCCUUCCACAUCCAGUACGGCUCGGGCAGCCUCUCAGGAUACCUCUCGACCGACACGGUAUCAGUCGGUGGCGUCGCAAUCAAGAAGCAAACCUUUGCCGAAGCUAUCAAUGAACCCGGGCUGGUAUUCGUUGCCGCCAAGUUUGACGGAAUUCUUGGACUGGGCUACAGUUCAAUCGCUGUCGAUGGAGUUGUUCCGGUGUUCUACAACAUGUUCAACCAGGGUUUGGUUGAUUCGCCAGUUUUCUCGUUCUAUCUCAAUCGCGAUCCCCAGGCCGCCGACGGAGGUGAAAUCAUCUUUGGUGGUUCCGAUUCGAACAAAUAUACCGGUGAUUUCACGUACCUUCCGGUUGAUCGCAAAGCUUACUGGCAGUUCAAAAUGGACUCGGUGAAGGUUGGCGAUUCCGAGUUUUGCAACAAUGGAUGCGCGGCGAUUGCCGAUACUGGCACCAGCCUGAUCGCAGGUCCGGUAUCGGAAGUGACCGCCAUCAAUAAAGCCAUCGGAGGCACACCGAUACUCAACGGAGAGUACAUGGUCGAUUGCUCGUUGAUUCCCAAGUUGCCAAAGAUCUCGUUCGUGCUGGGCGGCAAGACUUUCACCCUCGAUGGAGCCGAUUACAUUUUGCGGGUGGCACAGAUGGGUAAGACGAUCUGUUUGUCUGGCUUCAUGGGAAUUGACAUCCCACCACCGAACGGACCGCUGUGGAUUUUGGGUGACGUGUUCAUUGGUAAGUAUUACACCGAGUUCGAUAUGGGCAACGAUCGCGUCGGUUUCGCCAUCGCAAUUUAAGACGUUCCAAAUGGUGCAACAUGCGUGAUGCUUUAAUUCUAAUUACAAAGCGGAUUUCGAACGGACUGCUCGUUGCAAGGGAUAAUUAAUUUCAAUUUUGUUUCCCAUUAGUUUAGAACCCGAUAUCAAAAAAUAAAGAAUACGCAUCGAAAGACUGUCAAA